AUGAAGAAGCAGUUACAGACUUUGUAUGAGCAAAACAUGAGCCAGCUGGCAGAGUUUGGGGAUAUCAAAGGAAUAAACAAAUCUCUGGGUAUUGAGCUGCAGGAGAGGAUAGUGAUGCAGCUUGGUCUCAUUGUGCCGGUGAUGAUUCGGACAGAGUUGGGUGUGUUACCAUGUAGCAGCUUGUGA